AUGCCCCCGUCGGAAAAAAGGCACACGCGAGCAGCUCAGAAGCAGUAUGUAGGGGGAAAGCCGGUAGUGUCCUCCCCGCUGGCGAUAUCUCCGUCGCGUGGCGAGACGAAUGGGAAGAUUGCUGGUGGCAACGCGACGACGAACGGAUCACCGCGCAACGUGUCUACCAGGGGGGCGUCUACUCGGCGGAGACAGGUCUCGAAGUCUCCCGCACCCAAACAAUAUUCCCGGACGACAUCUCAGAGCUCUGGAACCCCGAGUGCUCAUCGUCGAACUUCCCACACGGGCGUCAAUGGAUCAAGCGCUGAGCUGGGCGAAGGGGACGAUGGGUGGAGAGACGCCGGAGCGACGGAGACACAUGAAGGCGAACAACAAAGUCAGAGGUUUCCCAGACUGCGGAUCAAGGUGAAGAAGCCAUCAAUUGGAGUCCAGCAUCCUUCCCACGUUUUAGCACCUCGGAAGUAUGGCUCGUUCCGGGAAUGGCUGGAGAGUCCGGAUGGGGGAAUGCGCGAUGAACACGUUCUCACGCCAGCCGAGGCUCUUGAAGAAGCACAGAAACGAUGCAGAAUAGCUGCUGCCGCGGAGCCUGGCGGUCUACUGGGUCCCGACGUGUGCUCCGCAUAUCUACCGGAACAGCAAGAAGAGCCGCCCCAGCAGUAUUCGCACCAAGAUCACCUUGUGGCACAUGCACUGUACUUCAAGAAGCUCCUUGACCAGGAACACCGACGACACCGGCAGACGGCAAAACUUUUCGCCCAGUGGUGUGCCGACGCUUGGAAGAAACGGCACAAGGAUCCGGAAGAUAUACUUAGGGAGCAGGAGGAGGAGAUGCGCGUGAGGCGGAAACAACUCGCCAAGGACCUCCAGAAGAUGUUCGACUUGGCCCGCGCAGAGAUAGACCGCGUACGCUUGGCGCGUUGGGAGGAAGAGCGGAAAGCCGAGAACCAACAAGCCUUGGAUCACGCCAUAAAACAGUCCACCAUGCUUUUCGAGAAGAGGCGAAUGGAGAUUUUGGGUGAAACUGGUAGCGACGCGCCUGAAACUACCGAUAGCGAGGAAGAGGAGACCGACGAGUCCGACGAGGGAUCUGAGGAGAGUGAUAUGCUGUCUUCUGAUUCUGAAAGCGAAGAAGAAAACGAAGUCGAUGACGAUGAAGGCCUUACCGCAGAGGAGCUUAGACUCAAGUACGCUAAUCUUCCUGCUACUCCCCGUGAGGCGGAUCGGGAUUCCCUGGCAUCGGAUGAGACUGCGUUGUCAGAGAGCGAGGACUUCCAGAGCGGGCAUGUUUCCGAUGCAGCUGCUCCAAAGUCUCUAGCCGAAGAAGACUCACCGGAACGAGUAGAACUUGAGGAGGUUGACCCGAUGCUCAUGGACGACAGCGACGAAGAGUCUACUGAUAUGGAUGAUGACAUGGGCGACAGUGACGAAGAGAGGGACUCGGAUGAAGAAAGUGAUGACGGGCCUGGGCUGCUAGGAUUUUUCUCCGCGAACGAUGUACCGCUGACUGGUGGUCAGACCCCUGGCGACGACGGUGACGAUAAUGUGAAACAAGCUUCAGGCGACGAGAAUGAGGGCGACGGAAUAGAAGACCCCGACGAAGUCUCACUCAUCCCAACUGGACCAGCUUCUGAAUCAGCACCUCCCGAUCUGAUGGAGACGGCUGAUGACUCUACCUCUGUCGCUGCUGCUCCAAUGGAGGAGACAGCGGACACUGGAAGCGCAGAUACGCCUCGACCUGAAAACCUCAUGGCACAUGAUUCUUCCGACGUUUCCACUCCUAAGGUCCCCGAGGGGACUUCCGACAUGCCUCAAGGACCUGAACCUGAUCAGAGUGGCGAGCGUUCUAGCGAAGCAUCGCCGGGCACACUUGCUACAAAGCCUUCUGAACCAGAGUCCGUGUCAUCGUAUGAGCCUUCAACAGAAAAGCCUGCAGAGCAGCAGAACGAGUCUCCCGCUCCUGGACUGAAGACACCCAUACCGCAUCUUCUUCGAGGAACUCUGCGUGAGUACCAACAUUUUGGACUUGAUUGGCUUGCCGGACUUUAUACCAAUCAUAUUAAUGGUAUCCUUGCCGACGAAAUGGGUCUCGGAAAGACUAUACAGACGAUCGCUUUGCUUGCACAUCUCGCCGUGGAACAUGAGGUAUGGGGCCCGCAUCUGGUUGUUGUCCCCACGAGUGUGAUCCUCAAUUGGGAGAUGGAGUUCAAAAAGUGGUGCCCCGGGUUCAAGAUCAUGACGUACUAUGGCAACCAGGAGGAGCGACGACAGAAGCGCAAGGGUUGGAUGGACGAUACGAGUUGGAAUGUUCUAAUCACAUCAUAUCAACUCGUUCUGCAGGAUCAACAAGUCCUCAAGCGGAGGGCCUGGCAUUAUAUGAUUCUGGAUGAAGCGCACAAUAUCAAGAACUUUCGCUCGCAGAGGUGGCAAGCGCUGUUAACAUUCCGGACCCGAGCACGACUUCUACUGACUGGAACUCCGCUUCAAAAUAACCUGACGGAGCUGUGGUCUCUGUUGUUCUUCUUGAUGCCGUCUGAUGGUGACGAUGAGGGCAUCGAAGGGUUUGCUGACUUGAGGAACUUCUCUGAGUGGUUCAGGCGUCCAGUGGAGCAGAUCCUGGAACAUGGCCGAGAGACCAUGGACGACGAGGCUAAACGAGUGGUUACAAAACUUCAUACCGUUUUGAGACCGUAUAUCCUACGUCGUCUGAAAGCCGACGUCGAGAAGCAGAUGCCUGCAAAAUACGAGCAUGUCAUCUAUUGUCGACUUUCCAAGCGUCAACGAUACCUCUAUGAUGGUUUCAUGUCUAGAGCGCAGACCAAGGAGACUCUUGCUUCAGGAAAUUAUCUGUCUAUCAUUAACUGUCUGAUGCAGCUUCGGAAGGUGUGCAACCACCCCGACCUUUUUGAGACCCGACCGAUAUCGACAUCCUUUGCCAUGCCGCGUUCUGUGGCGACGGAGUUUGAGGUCAAAGAACUCCUCGUCCGCCGACGCCUGCUGUUUGAACAUCCCCUGGAACGACUCGACCUGGACUUCUUAAACCUGGUUCCUAUCUCUCGGGAGAACAUUUCCCGGCGACUAGCAGACGAUAGCACGAGGCUGAUGGCUUACGGCCCUUUCAAUAAACUUCGGGAGCUUCAGUACCACCGGACCAACUGGGCGAUGAGGUUCGAUGGUUCCACUGUACAGUCCACCCUGGAGGCCUUGGAGAAUGAUUGCCGUAAGAGGAGGAUGGCAGAACUGGAGAGAUGUCUAUAUUUCGAGUCGAAGCGGCACGGCCGUCGGCCUGUGUACGGAACAAGCUUGAUCGAAUUCCUGACCGCAGACAGCAAGCAGCGGCCGACCUCUCACGGCCCCUUACGGAAGCGUUCGCUGGCGGACUGGCUGUCAAGCCGGUCAUCCGUUCUCGCUUCGAUGAUCCUGUCCAUCGAAGAACGGUCUCAUGCCAUGGAAGGCUAUGUUCAGAGAUUUGCUUGUGUCACACCUGCUGCCGUUGCGGCUGGCAUCACCGAAGCUGCCUUAACCCCGAUCGAAACCCGGUAUCUCACCAAGAAGGAGAGAUUCCCGCCGUAUGAUCCGUUCCACGAAGCUCAGAUGCGCUUGUCAAUUGCGUUUCCGGACAAGCGACUGUUGCAGUAUGAUUGCGGCAAGUUGCAAAGGCUGGACAAGCUUCUCAGAGAUCUCAAAGCUGGUGGCCACCGAGCUUUGAUCUUUACGCAGAUGACGAAGAUGCUUGACAUCCUGGAACAGUUCCUCAACAUUCAUGGACAUCGUUAUCUACGGUUGGAUGGUACGACCAAGGUUGAGCAGCGCCAGAUCCUUACGGAUCGGUUCAAUAAUGACGACCGCAUCCUGGCGUUUAUUCUCUCUAGUCGAUCUGGUGGUCUUGGUAUCAACUUGACGGGUGCUGAUACGGUCAUCUUCUACGAUCUCGACUGGAAUCCAGCCAUGGACAAACAGUGUCAAGACCGUUGCCACCGUAUUGGCCAGACGCGCGAUGUUCACAUCUACCGGUUUGUUUCGGAAUAUACGAUCGAGUCGAACAUUCUCCGCAAAGCCAACCAAAAGCGGAUGCUGGACGAUGUCGUGAUCCAGGAAGGAGAGUUCACGACCGAUUACUUUAGGAAGCUAGAUGUGCGCGAUAUGAUCGGCAACGAAGAGGUCCCGGAGAGCCAGGAUGAGGCGAGUGCUGCCAUGGACCGGGUGCUGGAGAACCGGGUCUCUGGCGCGUCCCGCGUCUUCGAACAGGCGGAAGACAAAGAAGAUAUCGAUGCGGCCAAGAAUGCGCAGAAGGAACUCGAACACGCGGAUGACGGUGACUUUGAAGACCGGAGCGUGUCGCAGAGCACGCCUGCGCAGACCCAGGCCGGAACACCGAUGGCCUCUGGCCUGGACGAGGGAGCCACUCCUGGAUCGACCGCAGUGCACAUGCAAGGAGACGAGCUCGUCGAAGGUGAAGCUCAACCGGGACAUAUCGAUGACUACCUCCUGCGGUUCAUGGAGUGGAAUAUGAAAGACGAGCCGCUCGUACUGCCAGCGGACAAGAGCAAGAAGAAGUCCAAGAAGGGCAAAGAGCACCGCCUCCGCAAGAGACGUCGUUGA